AUGAACAAGAAAGAAAUUAUGAAUGAAGAAAAAGUCAGCGCGACAUUUGAGUUUACAAUUUUUACAACAACCAAGGAGUUUUGGAGUCCACCAUUUGCAACCUCGACUAACAUGUAUUGGCAGUUGAAUUAUGAAGCCGAGAACGAAGCAGAACCUGGUCAUUGUGCUCUCUGGUUGAGAGCCAUACCUAAUUAUGAGGAGAGCACAUCAAACACAAUGUGGUUUGAGAGAGCAAAAAUGAAACCACUUUUAUAUUUUAAGAAUGCUUUGAAUCCAAAAAGUCAUGUCAACAUCUACGAGACUUUUAUAGAACCUGAAGAAUAUUCACUAUUCUCUGGAAGAUUAGGUUACAAUUUUACGAGAGCUUAUUUACCACCAAAGAUUAUUCUCGGAGUCACAUUCACGGAAUUGCGCUCUCAAUCAGACCGAGCAGAUUUCCCUUUUCCUCCAAAACAUCUUUCUGAGAAUGCUGUCAAUGCAUGGAUGCAUUUACUAUGUGACAAGGAAAUCGCGGAUGUUGUAUUCAAUGUAAAAGGAAAAAAAAUAUAUGCCAAUGCAAUAAUUCUUUCGGCAAGGUCCGAAUAUUUUCGAAGCCUAUUUAGUCGAGAAUGGGCAGAAUCAACAACACCCAAAUCACCUCCAUCACCUGACAACAAAAAUAAUAAUUUGAACACUUGCGAUUGCGUUUUAAAAAAUCAGCGCAAAGAGAUAUGUAGGGAAAAUAGUAAAAUUAAAUAUGUCGUUGAAGUCACAGAUUUCGACAGCGAUGUCUUUAUGGCAAUGCUUCGAUAUCUUCAUACCGCUGGCGUGGUAUUAAAUCGAUAUACCGAUUCAACCUCAUGGAGCUGUAAAAUAUUCGCAAUCAGCGACAAAUACCUAAUCUCGGAACUUCGAGGCAUGGCAAAAGGCCAGAUUCUGUAUCAAUUAUCAAUUGAGAAUGCAGCAGAGAUUUUCUUUGAAUUUGCAUGGAAAUGGCAUGAUUUAAAGGAGGAAGUGUUAAAAUAUGUGGUCGAACAUUUUCCCAGGAUACGAAAGACCAAAGGAUACAAGAAAAUAUGUAGACCCGGACAUGUUGAUGCUCGAAUUGGAAGUCUCUCGAUUGAGAUUAUGAACGCUUUGGAUUUCUCGUCUGAUGGUUCUAGUGAAGAUGGUAGCGGUAGCAUGUGCUAG